AGCAGAUCUCCGACAAUGCAGCUGCUCAUCCUGGCCAUCCUCUGCUCGCUGAGCUCCUGCUGCCUCCAAGGCACAGGGGCACGCAACUGUGAGUCCGUCCUCACAGUGCCCAAUGGAGGUCCAUGGGGCUUUUGGGGACAAGAACAAUUCUGCCCCAGCGGCUACGCUUAUGGUUUUGAACUGAAGGUGGAGGACUACCGCGGACUUCAGACAUUUGCAGACAAUACAGCUUUGAACGGUAUUCGCUUGCUCUGCACAGACGGCACAGUCAUCGAGUCUUCCAUUGGACAGUGGGGAAACUGGACCAAGGCCCAAGUCUGCCCUGGCAAGGAGCUGGUUUCCUUCUCGCUGCGUGUGGAAGGGUGGCAGCACCUGCUUGAUGACACAGCAGCCAACAACGUGAAGUUCACCUGCUCAGAUGGGACAGUGCUGGAGGGCUGGGGAAUUUCACGGGGUCACUUUGGCCCAUGGAGCGGAAAAUGCAACUCUGGGGCCAUCUGUGGGCUCCAAACAAAAGUGGAGAAACCCCAGGGAACAUGGGAUGACACAGCUCUUAAUGACAUGAGAGUCUUCUGCUGUGAAUGAUAGAAUCGUAGAAUCACUAGGUUGGAAAAGACCUUUGAGGUCAUCAAGCCCAAUAGUACCUGUCCACUACUAUGUCAUGAAUAAGCCAGACCUGC